UUGAAAGUUAGGUCAGUAUUGAACAACAAGAAUGGUUUGUAAUUCACAUCAGUAUAAAGAUGCAAUUUAAUGUACAUUAAUAUAUUGUAAAUCCAUUCCAUUUUUGUUUAUCUUCCCUUCCCAAAUCACAUUGCUCGGUUAGUAUAAGUACUAACUGUGGUAGCCCAUCACUCUCUCAUCCUUUACCACAGUACAGUUUUUACUCUUUUAAAUUUCAUUAUUCCUAUUGUGUAUAUUUUAACAGAUUAUCCUGACUAUACCUACUUUAGUGCUUACUUGUGCUUAAAUUUUUUUAAUUAGUUACAUAAUCUUUACCCCUUUUGCUUUUUCAGAUUUAUGGACAAGAAGUUAUCAUUGAAAUUAAAUGGUGGCAGACAUGUCCAAGGAAUAUUGAGGGGAUUUGAUCCCUUUAUGAAUCUUGUGAUAGAUGAAUGUGUGGAGAUGGCAACUAGUGGGCAACAGAACAAUAUUGGAAUGGUGGUAAUACGAGGAAAUAGUAUCAUCAUGUUAGAAGCUUUGGAACGAGUAUGAACAAUGGCUGUCUUCACCAGAGAAAUCAACUGCUUCCACAUGUCCUCUCUCCACAUUCUACUAUGAUGAAAAUUGGGUCGUGUACAUUUUCUUACUGAACUUUUUUGUUAAAUAAACUUCUGUAAUAGUCAAAAA